CUGGGUGCGCACCUGCAGCCUGGGCAGACUGCAGGAAUGGCGGGCUCCCGGCUGCUGCCCCUGGCGCUGGCUCUGCUGCUGCUCGCGAGACCCGGCGACUCCUCCGACAUCCUUGCGGACACAGAUGAGAGUGAAAUAGAAGAGCCAAUCCCUGUCCCCACCUCCCCAAAUCCAGAGACAACCUCUGUCCCCACCUCCUCAAGUCCAGAGACAACCUCUGUCCCCACCUCCUCAAGUCCAGAGACAACCUCUGUCCCCACCUCCUCAAGUCCAGAGACAACCUCUGUCUCCACCUCCUCAAGUCCAGAGACAACCCCUAAAUCUACCUCCACAAGUCUGGAAACCAGAUCACCUCCAGACUCCACAGCUCCAAACCGAGGCUCAGCCUCCCCAGAGCCAGAGACAGCCUCUCUCCCCACCUCUGGGUUCCCCAGUUCCGAGCCGACCACCACAUCCCAGUCCACGAAACAAGGGUUGCCCACUACGUCCAGCCCACGCCAGGAUGCAGACAGCCUCUGGACCCCCACAUCACACAGGAACCCGGGGGUGGUGAUUGCUGUGUGUCUGCUUGUGUCCGUCUUACUCAUUGGCUCUGUGUUCGUCGCUGUGAGACAUUGUAACCGAGAUGCUCCAGCUUUUCGUAAUCUGGAUACAGUCUCUAUGGGCAGCGUGAGCCAGGGGCUGCCAUUUGCUGACCGCCUACAGUCGUGACUCUCAGAGGACUAGAGAUGUGGUGGUGGUGGGGUGACACCUGGAAAGCGCAGUGUCUGGAAACAUUCCCCCAACUCACCCGCACCCCCACUAUCCUGACCUGGGGAUAAGUGGCAAGGAAGACAGCUGGAGCCCAGGAAUUUCAGGCCAGUUUGGCCCAAAGAUCUAGUACACAACUCAGAAAUGAAUCAAGGUGUGAUGGAGCAUACUUGUCGUCCCUGCACUUGGGAGGUAGAGACAGGAGGAUCGUGUGUUCAAGUCCACCCUGAGCUACAUACGGGGUUUGAGGUCAGCCUGAGCUACAUGAGACUCUAUCUUUAGAAAAAAAAAAUUAUGGGAGACUGGAGAGAUGGUUCAGUGGUUAAGAGCACUGUCUGCUUUUCAGGGGACCAGGGUUCUGUUUCCAGCACCCACAUGUAAGCAAUCCCUGUCUCAGGGCUCCCGUGGCCUCUUCUGUCCUCUGCAGCCUCCAGGCUCACAAGUUAUACACAGACAUACACGCAGGCAAACCACAUUAAAUAAUAAAACUAAAUAAACAUAAGCU